AUGGAAAAUGUUUCAGUAAAUGUACCUGUUCUCAUAGUAGGUGGAGGGCCUACGGGUCUGUUCACGGCCUAUAUGCUGUCCAAACACGGAGUCAAGUCACUACUCAUCGAGAAGUAUUCUCAACGCCUGGCGGCACCCAAAGCACAUGCCUUGUGCCCGAGAACCCUUGAAUGUUGUAGGCAGUAUGGCCUCGAUACAAACAUGUUGCGCAAGUUCGGCACCCCCCGCAACGACGCUUAUUGGGUGAACUUCUUGACGAAUCUGAGCGGUGAGAGGGUUGGGUUUCUGCCAUAUGAGAGGAUGGACGUAGAGGUCUUGGAGAGCACACCAGAGAUGAUCCAUAACAUUCCCCAACCGGACUUUGAGAGGUUUGUAGCUGAGCAACUAGCGUUCGAUGACAACGUUGAGCUUUGCAAAGGGGUGGCAUUUAUUUCUUCUACACAGAGAGGGGAUAAGGUGGUCACAUUGGUAGAAGAACGCGCUACAAGACAAAGAUGGACUAUUUUAUCCAACUACGUGAUUGGCUGCGACGGUGCAAAAAGUGAGGUUCGCAAGUCCCUCGGCAUCGAAACAGAAGGCGAAGACGGAUAUGAGACGAUGAUGACCAUUCAUUUCAAUGCCGAUCUGCGACCCAUAGUGAAAGGUCGAGAAGGCAUGUUGCAUUGGAUUCUUGACCCGGCCUGUUCUGGUUUCAUUAUUGCAUAUGACCUCGGGGGUAACCAGGUGUUGAUUAGCAACUUUAAUUCAAACAAACAUCCGGCCGACAAAUGGAGCGAAGACCUCGCCCGUGCAACGGUCUCCGCCGCCAUAGGCCAAGACAUUCCAUUCAAGAUUCUCAGCUACAGGCCGUGGUUACUGAGUCGCAAAGUUGCAAAAAAGUAUAGACGGGGAAAUGUUUUCUUAGUGGGUGAUGCCGCGCACUCGUUCCCGCCAACAGGUGGGCUCGGCUUGAAUUCCGGACUGGCAGACGCACACAAUCUUGUUUACAAGAUAGCGGCUGUAUUACAAGGAUGGGCCAAGCCCUCUAUUCUUGACACAUACGAGGCGGAACGGCGUCAAAUCGCACUUGUCGCAUCAUCUCAGAGCGUCAAGAAUGGAAAGACAAUCUUUUCGUUUCUGAAAGCUGUUGGCACCGCCGACAUCGAUGAUAAUGAGGAGGCUAGGCGAAACAUGUUCAAAACCAUACGCGACCCUACGAAGAAGGAUCUUAUCGCGAAAAAUGUGGAGGCUCAAAGAGAACACUUUGACAACCUCGAAAUACACAUCGGCUACGUCUACGGCGACAAAGAACCACCAGCAAACGCCUCUCGCUACAUACCAAAGUUCAGAACCGGGGCUCGGCUGCCACAUGCCUGGGUUAAACCUCUUAGAGCGCACAACUGUCUCCCCCGGAAACCAAUCGAUACGUCGUACGUCAAGGAGAUACCGAGUGAUCAGCUAUCCACUCGACAGUUCUCUAUCCUCGAUUUCGUGACUCCAGGAACUUUCUGCCUAAUCGUUGGAUCCCACUCACUAUGGCAGCAACGGUUCGCCGAGUGCGAAAAAGCAGCCGUUGGCAGAGUUGGCCACCGUCUGUAUUUAUGGGCCGAGGGCAGCGAUUUUGACUUUUGUAACGAGAAACAUCGUAAACUGUUCCACAAGCAGGGGCGGUUAGCUCAAGGAGGAGCAGUUUUAGUGAGGCCGGACCAGCAUUUGCUUGGGUCUUUAUGGCCGGAGACUUCGGCCGAGGACAUAAUGAGUCUUAUAUUGGGACACUUGGAUCAUGAGACGUAG